GAUCUGGGCAACUUGUAUAAAGCGCAACCGGCGCCAGUUGCCAUUGACUCAAGUAACGAAGCGGACGUGCAACUACUUUGAAAAUUAUGGCCAAGUUUGGUGCAUUGUUAUUGCUGUUGGCGGCCUUUGUGGCAUUGACGCAAGCAGCCGGCGACUGCCCCUCGUCGACCAAGGUGACUAACUGUACGCCAAAAUGUCUGCACGACAGCGAGUGCAGCGCCAUUGGCGGCAAGUGUUGCCCAAAUUUGUGCAACGGACGCAGCUGUGCGGCUUCCAAUUUGCUGGGCAACUCCGGAGCUGAUGGCUCACCGUUCAGCAGCAAUAAAAAUUCUGGUGCAACAGGCAGCUAUUGUGGCAAUGUCAAGUGCGGCAGCUUCGAGAAAUGCGAAACCGAUCGCAGCACCAAGCGUCCCAAGUGUGUGCGCUCUUAAGCUCGCUCAAACUGAAUAAAGGCUCCAAUAGCAAACAAUAUGCGAGGAUAAUAA